AUGUGGGCAUACGGACUGCUACUGAGGCGGGGGAAACCGACGCCCCCGGCGGGGGAAACCGACGCCCCCGGCGGGGGAAACCGACGCCCCCGGCGGGGGAAACCGACGCCCCCGGCGGGGGAAACCGACGCCCCCGGCGGGGGAAACCGACGCCCCCGGCGGGGGAAACCGACGCCCCCGGCGGGGGAAACCGACGCCCCCGGCGGGGGAAACCGACGCCCCCGGCGGGGGAAACCGACGCCCCCGGCGGGGGAAACCGACGCCCCCGGCGGGGGAAACCGACGCCCCCGGCGGGGGAAACCGACGCCCCCGGCGGGGGAAACCGACGCCCCCGGCGGGGGAAACCGACGCCCCCGUGAAUUUGCAAAAACAAUUAAAAAAUGGAAAUGUGUAGCUUUGAACUCUGCACCUUCAAGUUACCGUGCAAUGCUUCUAUCAUUUCACCAUGGAGAAUGGAUUUGGGAAGAGCAGGGGGAACCGACGCCCCCGGCGGGGGGAACCGACGCCCCCGGCGGGGGGAACCGACGCCCCCGGCGGGGGGAACCGACGCCCCCGGCGGGGGGAACCGACGCCCCCGGCGGGGGGAACCGACGCCCCCGGCGGGGGAAACCGACGCCCCCGGCGGGGGAAACCGACGCCCCCGGCGGGGGAAACCGACGCCCCCGGCGGGGGAAACCGACGCCCCCGGCGGGGGAAACCGACGCCCCCGGCGGGGGAAACCGACGCCCCCGGUGUGUGCCUCAUGGUUGA